UCCGGCUAGUUGCUUUCCUCCGAAUAAUACCUGUUGACUUGCCAAAGUUUGUAAUAUGACUGUCCAUUGCAAAUUUAUUUGGAAAGUAGUUUCGAAUCACAAACGAUUUUUGAUCCUGACGCUAACUCCUUUAGUACUUGUUCCUCUGCCUGCAGCUGUGAACACCAAGGAAGGAAAAUGUGCGUAUGCUAUCCUCAUUAUGGCAGUUUAUUGGAUAACUGAAGUGUGUCCUCUAGCUGUGACGUCACUACUUCCUCUUAUACUAUUUCCGGUUCUGGGUGUCGUUGAGGCAAAGAAAGUGGGCCCACCAUACUUUAGUGAUACCAAUAUUCUCUUUAUGGGUGGAUUGUUGGUUGCCGCUGCAGUGGAGCGCUGGAACCUACACAAGCGCAUUGCUUUGUUUGUUUUGUUGAAGAUUGGAGUUCAACCCAGAAGACUGCUGUUCGGCUUCAUGUCCGUGACUGCGUUUCUUUCAAUGUGGUUAAGUAAUACCGCUACGACCGCCAUGAUGGUUCCAAUAGCUCAAGCAGUCGUAAAAGAAUUGAAAAGAGGUACAAUUGAAACAAGAGAAACAGAUGAAAACACCUUUGAUAUGAACAGUUUGAAGGAUGAAACGAAUGAUGCAUCAGAAACAAAAUCUUUUACAAGAGUUGGCGACACUGAAGAGCAUCAGUUUACUUUCCAAAAACAGGUUGAAAUGAAGCACAACAAGUUUUGUAAGGGAAUUUUCCUUAGCAUAGCGUAUGCAGCGAACAUCGGUGGAACCGGUACAUUAACAGGAACUGGACCUAAUCUUGUUCUUAGUGGCCAAUCUGAAGAGUUGUUUCCUGGCAGCGGCGGAAUAGGCUUCGCUGAUUGGUUUAUUUACAGUUUUCCUCAGAUGAUCAUGUUGUUGCUGAUUGCCUGGAUCUGGAUUCAAUAUCUUUAUCUAGACACAAAGUUUUCAGAAUUCUUCUUCUGUCGUAAAACAAUGCAAACAAGUAGAAUAGAUUACGUCGAAAAGGCCAGAAGCAUUGUAAGACAACAAUAUGAAGAACUGGGACCAAUUACGUUUGCUGAAGUGACGGUCUUAAUUCAUUUUGUGACCCUUACGUUACUUUGGCUGUUCAGAGAUCCGAAAUUUAUCGAUGGUUGGUCUAUAUUGUUUAGAAAAGGUUUUGUCCGUGAUGGCACUGUUGGUAUUGUUGUCGCAUUUUCUUUGUUUAACUUCCCAUCGCGCAUGCCAAAGUUAAUUGCAAAAUUACUGUGUAGAACUAUCAUUGAAGACGAACAAGAUGACUUUUCUUACCAAAAAACUCUUCUCGAAUGGGACACAGUGUCGCGAAAAUUUUCGUGGGAUAUUCUUUUGCUUUUGGGAGCAGGUUUCGCCAUGGCAAAGGCUGCGAAGGACUCUGGUUUAUCUUUAUGGUUGGGUUUACAACUUAGUAAAAUGGAUAGUCUACCUGUGGCUGUCAUAGUUUUAAUAAGCGUCACGAUGUUGUGUGGUUUCACAGAAGUUACAUCAAACACAGCUACAGCAACAAUAUUUAUUCCUAUCCUAGGAGCAUUAGCUACUGCUCUUCAAAUUCAUCCAUGGCGUCUUAUGAUACCCGCGACAGCAGCUUGUUCCUUUGCUUUUAUGUUGCCAGUAGCAACUCCUCCGAACGCCAUUGUGUUUUCUUCAGGUUAUCUUAAAGUUACUGAUAUGGUAAAGACAGGGAUAGUGUUGAACAUUACUGGUAUAAUUGUGUUGAUGGUAUGGUUAUACACAUUUGGUACAUGGUAUUUUGAUCUUAAUACAUUUCCUGAAUGGGCUGAAACGAUCGUGAAGAAAAACUCUACCAAGACUGUUCAAUGUAUAGUUCGUAACAUUACUGCUUGAGUUGAAUGACUGACAAAAUAUAUAACACUGUCAAUAUACUUGAAGUGAAGGGGCGAAUCUAAAAACAAAUAAGCAAGAAGAAAAAAAUAACUAAAUUAAAAGUGACACAGUUUGAGGAUACGUCCGCAAUCUUCAAGCCAUUCAGUUAAAUUCCUGUACACCACAAGACUAUUGUACUUAAGAAAAUUAUUCAUUUAAGUAUAUAAAGUAACCAUUUUUUUGUACACCCUUUGCAUUCAAAUUUCAUGCGAUUGAGAUAACAUUAAAUACUUACUAUUCGUUGGGAUUA